AUGAAAUCGAAUCGCUUGACCUUUGAGAACUUCGAAGGCCAAUUCGUCACACAUGGCAUCGACGUCAUCGCGGACCCGAAGAAUGCCGGCGCCGUUUAUAUCUUCGCCGUGAACCAUUUGCCCAACCCAGCCUUUGUCCAAGCGAGCGAGAAUGAGCGCGAAAGCAUCGAGUCAGCCCGUUCUCAAAUCGAAUUGUUCCACCAUGUCCUGCACUCCAAGACCGUGCAGCACGUGCGCUCGAUCCGCCACUCGCUCGUCUAUACCCCGAAUGAUAUCUCUGCCGUGAGCCCGGAGGAAUUCUACGUGACGAACGAUCACUACUAUCGCGACGGAUUGCUCCGUCUUAUCGAGGAUAUCUGGCCCUUCGCCAAGUGGUCUAAUAUCAUUAAUGUUCGAAUUUCCGACAUGAAGGCUAAGGACGCGACGGCCGGGCUGGAUGCUUCUGUCGCGCACUCCGGGCUGUGGAACAAUAAUGGCCUCGGCGCAGGUCGAUCCGAUGAUGAAAUUGUUAUCUCGAGUGCGGUCGGUGGUGAGCUGUAUCUUGGCCAGUUGCAUGCGGGUAAUCACACUAUCUCGAUUCACACUACUAUCCCCUUCGACACUGUCACCGAUAACCCUAGCUACUACUCGGAUCCGUAUCGCUCCGAGUCCGACGAUGCGAGCGGGUUUGUUGUUGCUGGUGUUUCGCAGGGUAUUUACCUGGGUCAGACUGGUCAUGAUAUUAACGGUAAAGAUCCGUUGCAGGUUUGGUAUACUCGCCAGACAAGUGCGGGUACUUGGGAAAACAAGCUACUGUUUGAAGACGAUAGUAGCCGGAUUCGCACUGCUAGUGCGGCGGUUCUCGUGCCGAUUGAACCAAAGGGUGGUAGUGGUCGCAAGCAAGCUUGGUUGUUUGUGACUGGAUUUUUGUCGGAGAGUAUGGUUGCCGUGCAGGUGGAUCUGUAG